AUGACUCAAAAUAAUAAGAGAAUAGAUAUAAAUCAAUAUGGUAUUGUAUUUUGUGAUGAAGAAGGUGUUAGGAUCGAAUAUUUUGAUGAAAAUUAUAUUUGUAUUAUCAAACAAAUCUAUGUUAAAAUUCCAUAUAUUAAAUCAGUAUGCUUAAUUAAUGAAAAAACUAUUGGAUAUUGUUGUUUUGCUUCAAAAGAAACUUCCCCAUGCACAGUUUAUAUUCAUAGUUUUGAUAUAAAAGAAAGAACAGCUAAUAAUAAUCAUGCAAUUAUUUAUAAAGAUGACAUCAAUUCUCAUUUAAAAAGACUUAAUUUUAAACAAGAAAUAAAAUGGAUUCAAGUCUAUCAAGAUGAACUUUAUGUACUUCUUGAAACUGAUCUAAUAAUACUUUCAAUUAAUGACUUUUCUAUUAAAUGGAAUAAGUCUAUAGAAGAUCCAUCAUUUGUUGAGAUUGGAUUUCCUAAUGGACAAUUUAUUGCUUCUACACUUCAUGGUAAUACCAUCAAUUUUAUAUCAACAGGUAGUAUCUCAAAUUUCCCUUUUAGUAUUAGUCAAAAUACUAUUAAAUUUAUUAGAAUUAUGAAAGACAAUACUGCAUUUAUUGGACUUGGAGAGAUAGGAAUUAUUCAUAGUUUUGUAAUGAAAACAAAUAACCAGAUAACUUUAAAAUUUGAUAAUAAUUAUGAUGAUUGUAUUUUUAUUGAAAAGACAUCAAAAUAUUAUAUUGUCUGUGUUUCAAAUAAUGUAAGUAUUAAAAUUAUGGCAUUUGAAGAUACAAAAUCAAGAACAAUUAAAGCAAUAGACUCAUUUGAAUUAGAUAAAUCAUAUUUACCAUGUUGUAGUAUUGUUAAUGAAAAAGAAAAAUUCAUAGCUAUUAUCACAAAGAAAUCAGUGAUUUAUUUUACAAAUGAAUUUAAAUUUAAAACAGAGAAAAAAAUAAAAUUAGUUAAAAUUUAA